CAGUAGUGGAUUAACUAUCUUUAGAUUAUGAGAUAUUUACACAUCAAAUGGAUUCUUAUAAGCUUUAUAUCAUUCAUACUUGGGAAAUACCUGUACAUAUGUUAUCAUUCCCCUCAUAUGAGCAUUCUAAAAUCAAUGUUAACUCCACAUCCGCGAACGACAAAACACAUCAAAGAGAAAUCCAGACACGAAACAAUGAAAGAAAGGAAAGAGAAGGUUUUGGAGUACAAUGCACUGUAUGACCUCAGCUCAAAAUUCACAGCAGAUACUGACAAUGUUGCAGUGCCGAACAUCGUGCAUUAUAUAUGGGUCGACAAGGGGAAAGGAAUUCCUUUUACAUUUCUGAACGCUUUAAGCUUCUUUAGCGUCCACAACAUUUGGAAACCACGAAUAAUAUAUAUACAUGCGAAUCAGUUACCAACAGGCCCCUGGUGGCAGCUUGUUGAACUAAACAUCGGGAAUAUCAAGCAUAUAAAGAUUGACGACACACAAGUUAAGAUUUAUGGUAAAAUUCCUCUUUACACUGAACAUCUUACUGAUAUUCUACGACUUGAAAUACUACAAGAUUAUGGUGGUGUUUAUAUUGACACAGACAUAAUAGCAAUGCGCCCAUUAUCCCCAUUAAGACACUUUGGCCACACUCAGGGUAUAGGCAUGCUAGACAAGGGGCUUUCCAAUGGUGUUAUCCUUGCAAAACAAGGCUCUCCGUUCUUAAAGAUAUGGCAUGAGGCCUAUUGGACGUAUGGACGCAUACCCGACGAUAUCAACUCAACAGUGUGGAGGUAUCACUCCAUAGAACUACCUGGUACUUUACAUAGCAUAUUCCCACGGAUGAUACACACGGAACAAACGGCACUCCUCGGACCGAAAUAUUUCCAAUAUGAAAACGAAACAAUCAAAGAACGAACAUGGCAGAAAAACUAUUGCGUCCAUAUAUGGAAGAGAUUUACCAAGGUGCCUGAGCAUCCUAAUGAUUUCAAAUUUAUAUCGAAAACAUCAUUCGUCAGAGAGCUACUGGAAUAUGUGUGGUUUCAGCAAACAAUCCCAAUAUUGAAGGAAGGCACGUAUAAGAUUGAAAGAUGAGUUUUAGUUUUUUGAGAAAUGUUUGAGAAAAGUCAACGACACUUCCAACGAUAACGCUGUGAAUCUCCGACAGCUAGCCAAUAAUACGCUCAUUUAACAUAGCCUUAAAAUCCCUUGAAUGGCCAAGUGAGAGAUAUAUCAGUCACAUAAUUUAUCACUACAAUUUUUGUUCCACGUAAGAAAGAAAUAUGGCAAAAGCAAGAAAAAAUGCUGUGGUAUUAGAGACGCUUUUUAUGAAAAAUUUGAAGUUAAUGUGAAAUUAGACCCCAAAAUGGGAAUAUGAUUUCAUACUGUGAUUGCAAAUGCAAUUAGGCUAAAU